UAAAUACCUCUCACUUUCUCUCUCUAUCUCUGUGUAUUUCUCUUCAUUCCUUGAUUGUUUUGGUACGCCCUUCGUUCCCUUUCGUCUCUGUUCGUUAUCAGAUCUGAAUCGUAUUUAAACCCUUAAAGUUAGAGACUUUUUUUUUUUUUUUAAUCUUUUGCACUGAAGAGAGCUUGGAUCACACCAUUGAAGUGACCACCUUGUUCUGGAUUGAAGAAAGAGCUAGCUCUGUAAUUUAAUCAAGAGGCGGAAAACGUAGGGAGUAUCAUUGACAUGCAGGGAACUCCUUAGAAUCCUCUUAGUUCAUGUAUGAAGGCGUAAUCAGACAUUCGUUAUACUAUUCAUGCUAGUUCUGGUUCGGUUCUGCAAUUAACAAUGUCCAGUGGAGAGGUCAGAAGGGUUUCACGCCAAGAUAUACAAUUGGUGCAAGAUCUUAUAGAACGAUGUCUUCAGUUGUACAUGAACCAGGAAGAGGUUGUGGAAACUCUUCUAGUUCGGGCAAAAAUAGAACCCGAUUUUACUGAACUUGUUUGGCAAAAGCUUGAGGAAGAGAACAAGGAAUUUUUCAAAGCCUACCAUGUUAGACUGAAGGUGAAGCAGCAGAUAAUUGUUUUCAACAAGUUGCUUGAGAAACAGGUUGAGCUCAUGCAUAAGAUGUGCCCAGCUGGAGUUGCUCCCAUGCCUAAUUCUAAUGGAUCUCAUACCACAACGUUACAACAGGCUCCAGCUUGUUAUGUAUCUGAGCACACAAUACCAUCUUCAAGGAUGGAGAAUAUACACCACCAAAUUGGUCCCAACACAUCUAAUAUAAUCAUAAAUGAUGGGCCUUCAGUGCAUCACAUCAUGCACACUGCUGAUGAUGUCUCUGCUCAUACGCAGAGGACAGAUGUCUCCCCUAAUAUGUUGUCAACUCAGAACUCACUGAUGGGAAUAACACAAGGAAUGAAUGGGGUGAUGAUAAAACAAGAAGGCUACUCAAACAACCCUGCUUUUACAGUUGGUUCUGGUAGCAAUGUUUUGGAUAUGCGUCCAACAAUUGCUGAUGCGUCUGUUGCAUCGUUCAGUGGUGUAGGGUCGAACUUGCAAGCUCUGAAUGAUUCACUUAUGGAUGCUGACACCUCUGCAUUUGGAUUUUUGGGGCGGAUCCCUCGGAACUUCAGUCUUUCAGAUUUGACAGCUGACUUUAAUCAGAGUUCUGAUAUAUUGGAUAGUUACUCCAGGUCACCAUUCCUCACAACAAAUCCAGAAGAUUUCCUGCAAUCGCCUGUAAGGGGUGAAUGUCAAGGAGAGAAUAAGAGACUAGAUACCAUAUCAGAAGGUUUGAGUUAUGAAGAAUUUGCCAGUGAUUGAUCGGAUGUUCUUGAUUGGCUGGUGGAUGACCUUAGGAUGUAGGUGCUUGUACAUAACAUAUUGAAAUUGAGGGGGACUUCGCAAAAUUAUAUUCAUUCAAAGGAAGAGAAUACAAUGUAGACACCAUUAUCAUUUGGGUCUUGAUGAUAGGUGACUUAAAAUAUGCAUAUGUUCUUUGAAACCAUGGAACCCAUGCAAACGGGGCUUAGUCUAUUAGGUCAUAUGUGAUAAGAAUGCAAAGAUAUUUCUUUUUUAUGAUGGUGUGAUGGAGAUGUGGAUGAUUUGUGUCGUGGUUAGCACACACUUAUGUGUGGAAGAAGAAAACAAUGUAAUUUUAUCUGAUAUGCAAUGAUCCAUGACACUAAAUUGUCCCCCC